AUGGCCACGUUUCCGUCUCCAUCCUCCGAGGCGACCCUGGCGGCCAAAGCGACGCCCAACAUUGGUGCCUCGGACGCGGUCCUGCACGUCAAUAGCGCCUCGCUCAUCGAUGCCUCAUCCCAGGAUGUCUGGAACACGUUGAUCGACACGUCCACCUGGCCAUCAUGGAAUACCUUCGUGCCGCAAGUUACCAUCCGUGAGCAGCCCGGGACCGACGCACAGCCUGCCUCUUCCGAAGCUCUUUCUCCGAUCCUCCAACUUGGAACGAAAAUGACAUUUCAUGUUCAGAUGGACCCGUCGUCUCCCAAGCCGCAGAACGCACAAGGGGUGGCGCUAGCGGUCAUCGAAUUUGACCCACCUGAUGCAGCGACGCAAAAGCCCGGUCGGAUUGUCUGGGCCAACGACGUGACAGCCAAGGGCGGCAUUCCGUCUUUUCUCUUGACUGCGGAGAGGGUGCACGAGGUGCAAGAGGUGGUCAUUGACGAAGAGGGAGGACCGACCCGACGAGUCACCGAAGUGCGGAACUGGGAGGCGCAAGUGGGAUAUUUGGUCUACGUGGUUCGGUGGAUGUAUGGCGCGCAACUGAAGAAGAACUUCGAGACGUGGGUGCGGGAUUUAAAACAGUACGUCGAGCGACAGAGAUCGGAGAAUUAA